CAACUAGUUCAUUUGUUCAGCAGCGGAACUACAUAACUCUUACAAAAAGAAUCGUUACUUGCGCUUUUUCAACACCAUUUUUGCCGGCUCAGACGAUUUUCUAUUUUCAACCCGAGCAGCAGCAAAAGUGCAAAGUUAGCUUAUCUCGCAACGGCUCAGCUCGUAACAAUGAAAAGCGCAAUUCAUUGCGUGCUUUUAAUUAUCGCAGCAGCAGCUGCUGUUGCCGCCGCAGAUCGGCCGUAUAGGCGCAGCUUCAUCAAUCCGUAUCCGCGCUUUGAGUACUUUAACGAUGGCGUCGAUCCGGGCCAGCCGCUCUUCCUAACCCCGCUGAUCCACAAUGCCACGCUGCCCAAGGAGCAAGUGCGUCAAUUGGCGCGCGUUAAUGGCACGCAGUUUCAUGGCGUUGAGAGCUAUUCGGGCUAUCUGACCGUGGACAAGGGCUACAAUUCGAAUAUGUUCUUUUGGUAUUUCCCAAGUGAAACGGAUCCGGAUUAUGCGCCCGUUGUGCUCUGGCUGCAGGGCGGACCCGGCGCCUCCUCGCUGUUCGGCUUGUUCACAGAGAACGGUCCGCUCCAGCUGGACAAGCAGGCCAAGCUGCAGAAGCGCAACUAUACUUGGAGCAAGACGCACAAUCUGAUCUACAUUGACAAUCCCGUCGGCACCGGCUUCAGCUUCACCGAACACGAUGAGGGCUAUGCGCGCAACGAGAAGGAUGUGGGCCGCAACCUGCACGAGGCUGUGAUGCAGCUGUACGAGCUCUUCGAGUGGAGCAGCAACGCGGGCUUUUGGGUCACGGGCGAAUCGUAUGCCGGCAAAUAUGUGCCCGCUCUGGCCUAUCAUAUACACAAGGUCCAGAAUUCCAUUGACGCGCGUAUCCAUAUUCCGCUCAAGGGCGUGGCCAUUGGCAACGGGCUGUCCGAUCCGCUGCACCAGCUCAAGUAUGGCGACUAUCUCUACCAGCUGGGCCUGAUCGAUGACAACGGCCUGAUCCAGUUUCACGAUGCGGAGCAAAAGGGCGCCGAGUGCAUCGAGAAGCGGGACAUGAACUGCGCCUUCGAUGUCUUCGAUUCGCUUAUAAACGGCGACAUGACCAACGGCUCCAUCUUCAGCAACCUGACGGGCUACAGCUGGUAUUACAACUAUCUGCUAACGCAUCCGGAUGGCUCGGAGGCCAAGCUGGGUGACUUUCUGCAGGCAGGCGCCACACGUCGCGCCAUUCAUGUGGGCAACAUGACGUUCCACGAUCUGGACAAGGAGAACAAGGUGGAGAUUCAUCUGAAGGAGGAUGUCAUGGACAGUGUGGCACUCUGGAUAGCUGAGCUCCUGGACGACUACACCGUGUGCAUCUACAAUGGCCAAUUGGACAUUAUUGUGGCCUAUCCCUUGACCCGCAACUAUCUGCAGAAACUAAAGUUCAAAGAUGCAGCCAAAUAUAAGAUCGCACCUCGUGAGAUCUGGCGCAUUGAUGGCGAGGUGGCCGGCUAUGUGAAGCAUGCCGGGCAUCUGGUCGAGAUUAUGGUGCGCAAUGCCGGCCACAUGGCUCCGCACGAUCAGCCCAAGUGGCUCUACGAGAUGAUCAAUCAUCUGACUCACUACAAGCAUUGAUAAUU